UACCAAGCAAAACAGAGGAAUCACCCUGAAAAAGAGUUCGAAUGCCAAGAAAGAAACUACGAAAGCUACAUGACAGUACUAAUAUAUUACCAGAUUCGUCUAAAAGACGUAGUCGAUUGAGCAAAGUGGACUAUUCAGAAUCAAAUACUCGGACUGAUCGACCACGACCAACCCAAGCCAACAGUGAUUCUGAAUUCUCAAAGUCAUCUGAUAGCGAGGAAGAUAAACCACGAACUCCAGCCAAACCUUUUCGAUCAUCCAUAUUUAAUACGCCAACGCGUCGAAGCUUAAAUCUUAUAGGUGCUUCGCCCAAGCGGACGCCAAAGAAGCCGCUCCUUGCUUACCGAGCGGUUCAGAGAGUGAAUCAAACAAACGAAAUAGUACCACUACCAAAGCGGUCACAAGAAGCGGCGGCUGCAUCGACUUCCUAUGAACGAGCGAGAGAGCGCCUACACGUUUCUGCUGUACCUGAUUCUCUACCAUGUCGCGAGCUCGAGUUUGAAGAGAUUAUGGCGCAUGUAGAAACAGCUAUAGAGGAAGGAACUGGAACAUGUAUUUAUAUCUCUGGUGUUCCAGGAACAGGGAAAACAGCAACUGUACUGGAAGUUAUAAGGCACUUGCAACACAAGUCAGAGAACGAGAAUUUAGGCAAGUUUCAGUUUGUGGAGAUCAACGGCAUGAAGGUGACAGAACCAAGUCAGGCCUACAGUAUCUUAUGGGAGUGCGUCAAGCCCGACGAUCCGAGCUCAAAAAAGAGACGAGUAACAGCAAAUCAUGCUCUAGAUCUCCUGGAAAACAGAUACAAUACGUAUGAUGAGGAUCGCCAAACAACUGUUGUGUUGAUGGAUGAGUUGGAUCUGCUGGUUACCAAGAAACAAACAGUGAUGUACAAUUUUUUCGAGUGGCCAAACCGAGCCAAUUCCAAGCUGAUUGUCAUUGCGGUUGCCAAUACUAUGGAUCUUCCUGAGCGAAUGCUGAGCAACAAAGUGUCAAGUCGAUUAGGCUUGACUAGACUCAAUUUUCAGCCAUACACCCAUCAUCAGUUAUAUCAAAUUGUCGAGUCUCGACUGGAUGGCAUUGAAGAAUUUGAAAAAGAAGCGGUAGAAUUUGCAGCUCGAAAAGUCAGCGCGGUCAGUGGUGACGCAAGACGAGCAUUGGAUAUCUGUAGAAGAGCUAUCGAAAUUGUGGAAGAACGGGUUAAAAAAGGAAACGCCAAAGCCCCAAAGAGUAGAAAUGUCACGAUUCCUGUGAUCAACGAAGCAGUUCGAGAAAUGUUCAGUUCUCCCACUGUAACCUUUGUUCAGCAAUGUUCGUUACACCAAAAACUGUUUUUGGUGUCGGUGCUGAAAUGCAUUCAACGGAACGGAUUAGCCGACGUCGAAUUCGGAGAGGUUGCACAACAGCAUGUACAGACCUGUAGAUGGCACCACAUUGAAGCACCAGGAACAAGCGAUCUUAUGCGUGUAUGUGAAAGUCUAGGGCAGACAAGGGCCUUGGUGGUGGAAGGCGGUCGACUGGAUUUAGGCAUGCGAAUAGCCCUCAAUAUUUCAGAAAGUGAUCUCAUCAUGGCAUGCAAAGGUGAUAAGCUCAUUGGAAAAUUAGUGUCAAAUGCUUAAUAUUCUUUGUAUGUGUAAUGUAAAAUAAAAAUUUGUAUGCGACGAAUAUAAAAAUCAAAUUAUUGCACUGCAACUGCUGUAUGGUAUAGAAAUUACUGAUUGCCAAGUUUA